UGGGUCUCCAUCGCCGCCAGUACGGCGCGACCCGCUUGCCUGCUGCUUGUGCCCAAAAUGGCGCUGCCCUACGGAAAGGCGGGGGCCGCCGCCUCCCUCCCCGCCCGCUUGGGCCGAGAGCUAAAGUUUCCGGGGCCGGAGGCGUCCCUGAGGCGCUCCGCUGUUUUCUCCCGCUUGUCCCGCCUGGGUUCGGUUUCCACAAGAAUGUUGUGCGUGUGGUGCCUCGUGGGACAGGCAGACGCGGGCGCCGCGGACCGGGAGAAGCUGCGUGGGCAGCGCGGCACCGAGCGCUCGGGGAGCAAGUGCCCCGCUCCUGCGUGUCGGUGGCAGAGGGGGGAAGGCUGGGUACCGCUGGCACGGGAAACUCGGUUGUAGUCUGCCUUACUCCCUCUGGCUUUCCCCUUAACUUGAUUCGGAGAGAGUUGGCUGCAGAACAGAACGAGGGCAGCGAAAACCCGAACGGUUGUUCCCAGCUGUAGCAGUAAUACGUAACUCAAGCAGCUGCUUCCCCCCUCGCCUUGACAUGCCCAAGUCUCGGGCAUCCUCCGGACUCUGCAGCAGAUGCCGAUUCUCUCCACUGCUCGUAAUCUCAAAAGUUGAGAGUUGCCCUCUCUGUGUGUCCUCAUGGUAGCUAAAAUCCUCGUCCAUCUCACGGUUACCUGUUCAGGGGUAUCUUUCCUUUCGGAAGGUGAUUGUUUCGCUCUGUGGAGCUGAUGUCAUGUUUGAAGCAAAUUAUUUUUCUCAAGAAAAUGCCUUAAAAUUAAGGCAGGUAAGAAAAUACUUGCUAGCGUUGUAUAUGGAGGACAUUACUUCUAAUGUGGAUGGACAGUUUAUCCGUAGUGGCAGAAAAUCCUAAUAUGCCCUGCAGGGAAGGUGUGGGCACUCUCUGCUGGGUUUUGGUCCUGCUAGGGUAUUGCCGUUUCCUAUCACUGGAUCAUCUUGGUUUUAGCCCUGGGUAGUGCCCAGCCUCGCCCGCUUGCCGCGUCAGUCGGCAGCACUUCAGAGACGAAUGCAUCCUUUUGCAACUUCAUCUGAUGACUUUUAUGGAAGUGCCUGUCAAGAGGUAGAAACUGUAGCUUUUUGCAGGAAAUGGAUGUCAUCCAGAAACAGGAUGAAAACUGUUACUGCUAUGUGCAGAACAGAACCAUUCACUUACAGUACGUUUGGUCGACUCUUCAGGUAAAAGUUAAUAGCAGAGAAAUGUUCAGGUUUGAGCCUAUUUCAGAAAAAAGCAACUGUCGUAAUUCAGAAACUGUUUUUGAGUUUGCUGCAUGUGCUGUUCAAAUCUUCUGGAAACCAGAGGCAUCUAUGGAAACUUUCAUGAGCAUAAAACAAUAUGGAGAGGAUAUUUGUUUCAAAAUACAGCCCUUCAAAAGUGAGCCAUACACUGUGAGUGUGAAACGAGAAAUGCUAGAUGGAAAGCUCUUGUUUUUGUUUGUAGCUGGAAUUUUUCUGUUCCAUUUUGCAAACAGCCUGAGCAGGAGUACCAAGUUCUUCUACCUUUCUGGAAUAAUACUGGGUGUUCUUGCUCUGCUAGUCUUUGUCCUGUUGACACUUAAAAGGUUUAUUCCAAGGCACAGUACCUUCUGGAUCUUAAUGAGUGGCUGCUGGAUGUCCUCUCUAUAUUUUAUUUACUGCUUCAAAGAGAAUAUGCAGUGGUUGUGGUCUGAACACAGAAACUAUUUGUUAGGGUAUUUUCUGGCUGUUGGAAUUACCAGCUUUGCCAUUUGCUAUCAGCAUGGACCGCUUACCAGUGAACUGAGCAUAACCUUGUUCACGUGGACGCUACAAUUAACAGCCUUUGUCUUGAUUUAUUGUGGUGUGACCAUACCUCAAGUUGCAUAUGCGCUAAUUGCAGUCAGCCUCUGUUCAAAAGGCCUGUGUUACCCCCUUGGUGCUGCUUGUCACAUAGGCAGAAAAAUGAAGAACCACUUUAAAUCACAAAAGUUAGUGUUUAAAUGCCUUACUGAAGAGGAGUAUCGAGAACAAGGUGAAACAGAAACUAUCAGAGCUCUGGAGGAGCUACGCUCAUUGUGCAGGAACCCUGAAUUCCCAUCAUGGUUAGCUAUAUCCAAACUCCAGUCCCCACACAGGUUUGCAGGUUUUAUUCUGGGAUCUCCCCACGUCUCACCUGCAGAAACAAAGGCGCAUGAUGAGGAAUAUGGCAUUGGGAGCUUCUUCCUGGAAGAGCAGCUCUUUGAGACAAGGGCAGAAUCUGAGCAAGAUGAUCCAGCCAAUUCCAUCCAUGAAGGAGAUGAGGAGGAUGAAGAUGAAAUGCAUAAACAAAUAUCAUUUCCAUAUGCUACUGAGUUGCUCUGAGUUUUGGGAAAUAACCAAAAAAAGGACAGGGAAAACACAUCCUAGGAAGGAUACAGACUGAGAACUCGCGCUUGGUGAUUUCUUGUGGUUGCUGGUGGACAAACAAGGAUUUCUGAAAAAACUGUUUCCUGUAUCACUGAUGUUGCCUCAUUAGAGCAACAGAAGGAAACCACAGGGGCUGUUCAAGUGAAGAGAAUUCUCAUGCUAUUGGUACUUUUAACUGGGGAAGUAAAUGUUGCUUAUUUCCAAAGCAAGUACUGGCAGCAGCCUGUCCCACCAGGAUGCCUUGUUUUUCGAAGGAUACUACCUCUAGAGAAUAGAGAAUCUGUUUUGGCCCUUUUCAUUGUCAAGUCCUCUGUGCUGAGCAUUAGAGGGAGGAGAAGCCAUUAUUAGUACUCUACUAAGUACCCUAUGUGUCAACAAUUUUAAUAAUGCUUUUAAUGUGCUGAUAAACUAUUUUUAUUGUUUGUGGGACUUUCCAGUGCUAAACAUCAGUAGAGUUAACACAGUUGAACAAAGUUUGUUUGCUCCUCUGGCUAGGCUUGCUGUCUGUUAGCUUCAUUUUGCCUCUCCACAUUUGUUUUAAGCUCCUCUUACUCUUCAGAACCCUGCCUGACUUUUCACCCUCUCCUUAUAUUGUUCUGUUCUUGGCCCCCGCCCUAGUUACACUGCACUUUGUUCUUUCCAUGUCUUUGUUUCCUCACAUACUCUUCUUCCCUCUUCUACAGGUCCCUCUGCUGAACCUGUCUUCAGUCCUCUGCUUCUCCAUCUCCAACAACUGCAGAGGAGAGGAUUUCGAUCCCCAAAUGUAUUUUUACUAUUGUUUUCAAUUUCACUGUCACCUUACCUCAGACGGGUGCUGCUGUCCAUUCCAGGCCUCUCAGCGGCCCAGGAAAGAGAACAAAGGCUGAGGCUGUUUCAGCUGCUUGGAGGAACUGCUGUCAGCAGAGCUAGAGUGGUGCUGUAACCAUGUAACUGGGAAUACAGAUAACCCACAUAUAGCUCCACUGUCCUCAGAGCUCUCAGUAGUUUGCUCAUUCAAUAACAAGCGGAAAGUAAUUCCUGGCAAAACAAGGAGGGAGGGACACCUGGCUCCUACCUCCCCAUCUUCGACCCUCUUUGGGACUUAUCACAGGAGGUAUGUGGGGAGGAAAAGAAAAGAACAGAGAGAGAAAUUUAGACAGUCAAAUGUCUUUCAGCUUACGUAUUACACGAUCCUAGGCUAGGUAGUAGAUCAUGUCCCCUCAGUUUAUCCACCUGCAGAGGUCAUUUCCUUCUUUUGUUCUUUAGACUAUGCCUAUAUUCUUCUGUCCUCACCUCACUGUUUUCCUUUACUGUCUUCCGAACUGCAGAAAACAAAAGACUAUUAAUUCUGGCACUGUCUGAUUUUACAAACCCACCAGGAAUUCCCAGUGGUGGGAAGCAGUUAGGUCUCCAGAUGGGCAUGUCAGACCAGGAUGUAUUUGCUUUAAAAGGGAUUAUCUUUUCUUUGUAACAUGCCUAGUGAUGCAGCAUGACUUCAGCGGUGCAUGCUCUAUCGUGGUUUCUCAUCAUCCAUCGCUGGACAAGGGAGAAAAUCUGUUACCUCUGACAGUGCUAAGAAGUGCUGCCAUACCACAUUCCAAGAGCUCCUCUGUAUUCAACAUCACUCAGAGUUGGUGCUUGAAAGCCUUACUUACAUGGUCCUUCCUCCUUUAUAUUGCUUCAACUUUGCUUCAUUUUAAAAGAAACUCUUCGAUUUUACAGUAAAGAGACACUUAACACUCUUUUGAGCUGUAAAUUUAUAAAUACAUACACAGAAUCUACAGCAUGUUUAGCAGAGAGAAGCCCUGUCAAGCAGGUGAUCCAAAAUACACUCACUGUUAAGUCCACAACAUUCAAAAAUAGAGCAAGAGAGUUCUGUUCAGGAAGGCCACCAGCAGUAAGACUCGCCUCUGAGAGAGGCUGCUGCUACCAAAUUCACAGUUAAAUUGCCACCCACACUCUGGAAGUCAGGCUUGGCUUGGGGGGUUCUGUCACUAGCAAGAAGCUGGAAGCAUUAGCUGUUGUGAAAGCAGAGGAAAGCUUCAUUAUCUUUGAUGGUUUGGGAGAAGGAUGGAAACUCCCCCCAAACAAUGAUCUUAGUAGACUAAAGAUGGAUUUUACCUUUGCCUGUGUCACCAUCGUGAAAACGAAGUACUUAAAAUCAUUACAGAUUAGUCAAAAAAAGAAAAGAGAUGUCUUAAUGUUAAAUGUGUUUUGCAUGUUUUAAAGUACAGUUUUUUUCAGUGUACUUUGUAGUUAGCCAAGAACUCCCAUCCGUGUGAUUUGAGGCUAAGGGGGAGAAUCAAAUUUGUCCUAGCUUAAACCCAGUUUUUGUGGGUUUCCUCUCUUUACUGAGGUAGUGAUGAUCAUGGUUCCAUAAGUACAUAAUAUGUAUUUAUAUACAAUAGCCCAGAUAAUACAUUAAGAUAAUAUUUUACAUAAGCAAUAUGUUAAAUGGAAAAGCCCCCCCAAAAUAGGCAAUUACAUUUUUCAGACAGUCCCUUUUUCUAAAUUAUUUAGAACAGUAUCAGGUACGCCAACUCCAACAAGGGAAAAAUAAAUCAACCCACGUUUUAUGUAGCUCUGAAGUCCAUCAUUUACCAGGGAUGGGUAAAUACUAUCCAAAGGAGAACAGGAAACUACUAAGUACAUCCAAGACAGAAGUGCAGCAACGUAUGAGAAAGGCGACAACUACUUCAGUGGAUAGCCGAUGCUGACCUUAAAAAUCCUCCCAAGCCUGUUCCAACAUUGGAAGCAUUUCAUAAACAAAACCUACCAAAACCAACUGCUGUCAUUUGAGCCCUUUGCCAACAGUGAGUUUACUUGCACAGUGCUCCUGUGAUAUAUGGAGAUUACAUAGGUUUACUAAAACACAAUUGUUAAGUACUGUAUGGUGUUCAGCCAGAAAAUCUGGCAGAAGAAUCCAGAUGUUAAUCCAUUGCCUUAACUGUUAUAAAAGCCUUUCUUCCUUAACGAAGGAUGAGUUACAUUUACUUUCUGUUUCAUGGUCUUUAAAAAAGUUAGAAUUUCAUAUUUAUUUGGUAUUCAUGGUACAGCAUACUUGAUAUACUGUCUUGUACUUUCAAGAUUUUUUUAAAUAAAAGUAUUUUUCAACCGUG